AUGUCCAUGAGCCGAAUCCUGCCCGUCGGCCAAAAAGCUCGUUUUGUUAUCAUCCCACUUCGCAGUGCUCAUCAUGCUGCUCCAGCUGCCACUGGUGCUUCAGUAAGACCAGAAGAGCUUGACGAUCCUUCUUUCUUCCAGAAGGUCGCUCUCAGAUGGAAGGGUAUUCCUCUCAAGGGUGAGGCUGCUCCACCAAAAUCCAUGUUCGAUGACUGUGGAAAGGAAUGGUUCGCUCCUCAACCACUCCCAGAAGUCCCAAAGGACUUCAAGGAGCAUCCAGAUCGCGACUUAGUAAACUACCCAUAUCCAGCUCGUCCAAUGUAUCCACCCAAGACUCGCAUGCUCAUGAUGCCUGACUCUUGGUUCGCACCAUUCCAAAAGGUUACCGGAGUCUCUGGACCAUACCUCUUCUUCGGAGGUCUCUUCGCUUUCCUUGUUAACAAGGAAUUGUGGGUAUUCGAAGAGCAGGGACACAUGACCGUCGGAUGGAUCUUGUUCUACCUUCUUGUUUCCAGAACCUCUGGAUUCAAGAUUGAUAACUGGCUCUAUGGAGAGUACCAAAACAGAAUGAACUACUUCAAGGGACUUAUCCAAGAAGAUCUUAAGGAUGCCGUUGAAUUCAGAAAGACCUCAGCUGCCGAGACCCAAUCUCUUACCGCUGUUAAGGAAGCUUUCCCAACUAUCCUCAAGGAGAACAUGCAACUCCAACUUGAGGCUAACUACAGAAAGAACGUCCAAUCUGUUGCUACUGAGCUCAAGAGAAGAUUAGACUAUCUUAAGGAGACUGAGGAAGCCAAGAAGCGUUUCGAACGUCAACAAAUGUUGAAAUUCAUCAAUGAAGGAGUUGAGAAGCAAGUUAACGACAAGGCUUUCAAGGACCAAUAUCUCCAGAAUGCCAUCCAACAGCUUAAGGGACUCCAAGUUCAACUUUAA